AUGUCCACUAAACACUUGCUAGUGUUGUUCCUUGCUGUCGUGGUUCUCACCACCGCCUCACUAGCCGACCACCACGAGCCACCUGAACAUGGUGGACACAAGCCACCCACUUCCGGAAACAAGCCGCCCCCGAAACACAAGCCACCAACCCCAGAAGACACUGACGAUAAGAAGCCAAUCCCAGAACACAAACCUCCCAAGGAAGAGAAGCCACAUCCAGGACAUGAUAAGCCACCAUUUCAUGGACACCCUCCGGUGGUGAAUGUUGAAGAUGCACACAAGCCGCCACAAGGCCCCAAACCAAAGCCGCCUCAGAAGAAGCCACCAAGCGGUGGCAAGCCUCCUGCCACAGGUUCCAACUGA